UCAUCUGGAGUCGUAGUCAGCGGCCGUGCUGGCCGAAAACGCUUGAUGCGAGUACUCAGAUUUAUUAGCUGACGCGGCAAUUAAUACCAGCACUGUGUUUAUUGAAGGAAGUCGCCUGGUCAGACACGCGUUUAAAGGCACAGCAACCGCCAUCUGACGUGAGCCGAGUCGGUUCCGUUGGUCGGGACGAUAAAAUAGAGUGCGCCGGAGUAGCCGAUGACGCAUCCUCCAGGGCCGGGAACGCGGAUCGGUCUCGCGGAUAUACCCCUCCGACGACGUGUGUGCUGCCGCGCAAUGAAUCAGGCCGCGCCAGUGUCGUGUAUUCCUGCGGGGAAGAUGUCAAAAGCGAAGAAGGUGCUGGACGAGGCGCGGGAGAUCCAGAAUCCUGAGCUGGAUCUCGAGGGCAAGGGCAUCGCGACGUUCGAGGAGAUGCCGGGAUUGUUGAACAUGAUCAAUGUAACGAGGCUGACGCUAAGUCACAAUAAAAUUCAAGCGGUGCCACCGGGUCUUGCAAAUCUGGUCAACCUGGAGAUACUGAAUCUCUACAACAAUUACAUCACCGAGCUGCCCAUCUCGUUGUCGCAAAUGCCGAAGUUGCGAAUCCUCGACGUAGGAAAUAACCGGUUAGACGUGCUUCCCCACGGCUUCGGUGCGUUUCCGGUCCUCGAGGUGUUGGAUCUUUCGUACAAUAAUCUUAGCGAGAAGAAUCUGCCUGGCAACUUCUUCAUGAUGGAGACCUUACGAGCUCUUUAUCUGGGUACCAACCAUUUCGAAUAUCUGCCGCCUGAAAUCGGCCAGCUAAAGAAUCUCCAAAUUCUCGGGCUGGAGAAUAACGAUCUGGUGGAGUUGCCGAAAGAGAUUGGGGAGCUGACUCGUCUCAGGAAACUGCAUAUCCAUGACAAUUUUUUGGCGGUGUUGCCGCCCGAAAUAGGGAAUCUGGAUCUGGUGUGUAACAUUGAGAUGUUGCGGAUGGAGAACAAUCCGUGGAUCACCCCGAUCGAAAAGCAGCUGGGAGUGGGCAUAUCUCAUAUUAUGGACUACAUCCGGUCGGAAACUUAUCGAUAG